AUGUCGUCAAUUGCUGCUAUGGCCUCUCGCCGGGCCUUCACCCGCCAGUCUCUUUUCCGCGCCUCUCCUCGCCGUUUUUACAGCUCCAAGAUCGAGGAGGCCAACCUCGACAAAGGCCCUCGCCGUGACCCCGAGCUCUAUGUUUUGCUUGGUGUGAUGUCCGGUGCUUUCCUCAUCGCUGGAUGGUACUUCGGUAGAAAGCCCACCUCUGUCACCUCCGAGAGUAACGUACGCAUCGGUGAUAGCGCCAUGCCCUGGGAACGUGAGGACGACGGCAAGGUCUACAAGUACCAGUAUCACCCCCAUGGUGACAAGAACCGGCCUCUCCAGAAUGCCCCCAGUGCUUUGAACACUGUCAUUGUGCCCAAUGUUACCCUGCCCGCUGAUCUCCACGAACGAUUCAAUAAGUAUGGCAAGGAGGAAUGGGACUACUAG